AUGCGCUCUCGCUUGUCGCAGGUGACUGUCGUGAGCGCUCUGCUUCUGCUGGCUUCCGCCGACGACGGCAACGCAGAGGACACCCUGGACACGGAAGGCCACAGUUUCGGAGGCCUUGCUCAGGCGACAACUUUCAGGCAGGCCUCAGGGUCGGCUCCUGUCAAUUUCCUGCAGUCGGCAACGAGCUACAGCGGAGCCUCCACCUACGGGCAGUCUGCCGGGCUUGACCGACCGCAACCUUUCGACUUCGGCUACAACGUGCAAGACGAGUUUGGCAACACGCAGUUCCGGCAAGAAAAAGGCGACGAGUCCGGCUCCGUGCAGGGCAGUUACGGCUACACUGACGCCCUCGGCGUAUACCGUAAGGUUCACUACGUGGCCGACCAGAACGGCUUCCGCGCAGACAUCAAGUCAAACGAGCCCGGUGUGAAGCAGGAGAACCCGGCAGACGUUCAGCUGGUCGUCGAACCUCCGCCGUCGGGCGUCCAGGCGGCGACCGCCUCUAGGUCCGGAGCUUUCCUUCAUGGGGGCGGAGGAGGCCACCACGCCGCCGAAAGGCCCGCACGGCAGCGUUUUCCACCGGGGCUUCACGCUUAAAGGCCCAAUGACGGCUUCGUAGCAUAGAUGAGCAUAGAUUGACAAAGUUUGUGGGUUGGGAGUCGACAGAGAGAAUGAUGAAAGCGGAGCUGUGCUCAUUUUAUAGCAAUUUUUGUUGUAUUCUACGUUUCAUGUAUCGCAACCGGAAAAAAACGUAACAGGAAUGUUGGCGGUUCCGAAUAUCCGUGGCCGCCUGUUGAGAUGCAGAGCUUUAACAGUAGAUCCUUUGUACUGUCGCAGCUAUUACGCGGGAAAAAUAGAAGUCGGUGGUUAGUUUUUUUUUCUUUUUUCUUUUUUUUUCUCUUUUUAAUCUUCGGCGGACCUGCGGUAUAUUAGCAGGGGUGCUCGAUUACGGAACAAAAAGCGUCAUAAAGAAUGCUUCCUCUAUCUACGUAUCGCGCAAAUAUCAUCUAACAAGUGGUAUAAUGAACACUGCACAACAGUACCCCAAGAAGUGGAAGGUCGCAGAAAGCCUAAUCUUAAACGACUCUAUGCCAUCAUUAUUUUUGUAUUUGUGUAGUUGGAGCAAACAUAACGACAACAGAACGACGACGACGCUUUUAAGAAAAGCGAGGCAUCAUUUUUGUGUUUUUUUUUUGUUUUGUUUUUGUUUUGUUUUGGUUUGUUGUUAAGAGACUGGUCAGUCUUGCGAGAUGGGUUUGUGCGUUUUGGAGCGUUCUCGGAGCUCGGUGUUCUCAAACGUUCUUUGACUUCUCGUCCUGCUUUGAGCAAUGAGGAAGUCAUUCCAGGCAGUUUAGGUUAUUUCGAGUAAAGCUAAGCGCUAUUCCAUUUUCUUCGGGGUGAGUGAGGAAGUUGCACUAGGUCCGGAGGGUUCUGAUUUUUGCUGCGGUUCAUUUUUGCUUCUUCUUGUAUAUACGCAAGCUUUCCUUCGCGCACCUCAGCUGGCCGUGCUGUAUACUACUAUAUAAGUGUGCCAUUUAUUACGUAAUAAAUAAAAAAAAUCCUGUUCCUGAGCCAUA